AUGUCGAACGCAUCAUCAUCCACAGUCACAGAUGGGGAUCCGGAAAAACAGGAGCAGCAAGACAGACGGGUCCGCUCCCCAGGUGGAACGCCCCAACGGAGCCACUACGAGGGAGGAGUGACUGGAACCGACGGAUAUACAGAUGGCCAUACGGAGAAAGAUGAGGAGCUGAAGGAGUGGCAGUGCUACGACAAACUGGGAUAUUCAUAUCCAUGGUACAAGAAAUGGAGUAUUAUCUCUGUUGUUUUUGCUGUGCAAUUAUCCAUGAACUGGAAUGCCAGUUUCUACGCCAGCAGCAUCAAGCUCUACUCCAAGCACUUCAAGAUAUCGGAGCAAGCUGCUCGUGUUGGACAGAUGGACUUCCUCAUCGCCUAUGCCUUCGGAUGCGAGUUCUGGGCCCCAUUCAGUGAGGAAUUUGGCCGAUGGCCUAUCAUGCAACUGAGUCUAUUUCUGGUCAAUAUUUGGCAGAUACCUUGUGCACUAGCGCCCAACUUUGGAACAAUUGUUGUUUGUCGUCUGCUUGGUGGUGUUUCCUCUGCAGGUGGCUCAGUGACACUGGGUAUGGUGGCCGAUAUGUGGGAAGCAGAGGAGCAGCAAUGGGCCGUCGCAUAUGUUGUGUUAUCCUCGGUGACAGGCUCUGUCCUCGCGCCCAUUGUGGGUGGUUUUGUCGCCACAUACCUCGAUUGGCAUUGGAACUUCUGGCUGCAGCUGAUUCUGGGAGGAUUUGUGCAGAUCAUGCAUAUGUUUGUCCCCGAAACACGAUGCAGCAUUCUCAUCACGAGGGAGGCGAGGAAGAGACGGGCGCAAGGCCAGAUGGUUUACAGCGGUGACGAGCUGAAGAAGAGUCGUUUGACCUUACGAUAUAUUCUCAUGAUCUGGGCCCGUCCUUUCAUCAUGUUUGUUCGUGAGCCGAUUGUCUUGUGUCUGGCGCUUUUCAGCGGUUUCAGUGACGCCUUGAUCUUCAUCUUCUUGCAAUCUUACACCCCGGUAUACAAGCAAUGGAAUUUCAGUACCAUUGACACUGGCUUGGCAUUCAUCCCGAUUCUCAUCGGUUACUUCAUCGCGUAUUUUUCCUUCUUGCCAUGGAUCUUCCAUCACAACAAUGUCCGCAGAAAAGACCCCGAUGGUCUACAACCAGAGGCUCGUCUUUACUGGUUAUUAUGGGUCGCACCUCUUUUGACAAUUGGACUCUUCGGAUUUGCAUGGACUAGUCUGGGUCCACCGCAUGUCCAUUGGAUUGCACCCAUGAUUUUCUCAUGUCUCAUUGCCAUAGCCAAUUUCUCAAUUUAUAUGGCUACAGUCGAUUACAUGAUUGCUUCAUAUGGCCCAUACGCCGCAUCGGCAACUGGAGGCAAUGGAUUCGCUCGCGAUUUCCUCGCUGGAGUAGCUGCCAUUUACUCUUCACCAAUGUAUUCUAACAUGGGUACCACCCAUAAGCUUGAAUGGCCUUCUACCCUUCUCGGAUGCCUGGCCAUUAUAUUCACUAUUCCCAUAUACGUGUUUUACUGGUAUGGACCAACUAUUCGUGAGAAAUGUCCUUUCGCACAGACUUUGGCUUCGGAUAGGAAGAAGGCUGGGCGCAGAAUUUCUCAAUGUGGCUCUGGCGAUCCGGACCCUGUGGAACGAUAUUUGUCGGGUAGUAAUGAUGAUACUCGCAGUGAAAGUCGCCAUGGAAGUCGCCAUGAAAGUCGUGCUGACAGACAAUAG